AUGGCCCAUCAAGUACACGCAUAUCACAUAGUUGACCCCAGCCCAUGACCCCUAACAGGCGCAGUAGGCGCCCUUCUACUAACCUCCGGUUUAGCAAUCUGAAUGCACUUUCAUAAUAUAACCUUAUUAACCCUAGGUCUUAUCCUUCUUCUUCUAACUAUAUACCAAUGAUGACGGGAUAUUGUCCGAGAAGGAACAUUCCAAGGGCACCACACCCCUCCUGUCCAAAAAGGCCUCCGAUACGGAAUGAUCCUUUUUAUUACCUCAGAAGUAUUCUUCUUCCUUGGCUUCUUCUGAGCCUUUUAUCACUCCAGCCUCGCCCCAACUCCGGAACUAGGAGGCUGCUGACCCCCUACAGGGAUUACCCCUUUAGACCCCUUCGAAGUCCCCCUGCUUAACACAGCCGUCCUUCUAGCCUCAGGAGUAACAGUCACCUGAGCACACCACAGUAUCAUAGAAGGACAUCGAAAAGAAGCAAUCCAAUCCCUCACUUUGACCAUUCUUCUAGGCUUCUACUUUACCUUCCUUCAAGCAAUAGAAUACUACGAAGCCCCCUUCACUAUCGCAGACGGAGUCUAUGGUUCCACCUUCUUCGUGGCAACCGGCUUCCACGGACUCCACGUAAUCAUUGGUUCUACCUUCCUAGCCAUCUGCCUUCUACGACAAGUUCUAUAUCAUUUUACCUCCGAACACCACUUUGGUUUUGAAGCAGCUGCCUGAUACUGACACUUUGUAGACGUUGUCUGACUAUUCCUCUAUAUCUCAAUUUACUGAUGAGGCUCAU